GUGGGAGGGGUGAGGCGCGCGAGAGAAAAGGGCGCCGCGGCGGGGCGGGAGGCGCGCGCGGUCUGGGCUGCGGGGCAGGGGUGCGGCCAGGUGAGCCCGAGAUGCUGCUGCGCUGGAGACCGGGGCUGCAGCUGCUGCUGCUCCUGGGGCCGCUCGGCCCUUUCUCCCCGGGCGCCCUGGCAGGACCCGCGCAGGCCGAGGACGCGGUGGAGCUGGACUUGGCCACCGAGCGGCCGGUGCAGCGGGUGAGUCCCGCCUUCCUGUCCUUCACCAUCGACGCCAACCUGGCCACGGACCCGCGGUUCCUCGCCUUCCUGGGUUCUCCGAAGCUUCGCACUUUGGCAAGAGGUUUGUCUCCGGCAUACCUGCGAUUUGGUGGCACCAAGACGGACUUUCUCAUUUUUGAUCCCCAAAAAGAACCGACCUUUGAAGAGAGGAGUUACUGGCAGUCUCAAGUCAACCACGAUCCUUGCGAGUCUGGAUCCAUCCCAUCUGAUGUAGAGGCGAGGCUGCAGAUGGAGUGGCCCCUCCAGGAACAAUUGCUGCUCAGAGAACAGUUUCAGGAAAAGUUCAAGAACAGCACUUACUCAAAAAGUUCCGUGGAUAUGCUGUAUUCUUUUGCAAACUGCUCAGGACUGGACUUGAUCUUUGGGCUAAACGCUUUACUACGAACAGCGGAUUUGCAGUGGAACAGUUCUAACGCUCAGUUGCUCCUGGACUAUUGCUCUUCCAAGAAUUAUAACAUUUCUUGGGAACUAGGCAAUGAACCUAACAGUUUCCGCAAGAAGGCUGGUAUUUUCAUUGAUGGAUUGCAGUUAGGAGAAGAUUUUGUCAAGUUGCAUAAACUUCUAGAAAAAACCACUUUCAAAACUUCAAAUCUCUAUGGUCCUGAUGUUGGCCAGCCCCGUGGAAAGACUGUCAAGAUACUGAGGAGUUUCCUGAAGGCUGGGGGAGAAGUGAUUGAUUCGGUCACAUGGCACCACUACUACUUGAAUGGACGAAUUGCUACCAAAGAAGAUUUCCUAAACCCUGAUGUGCUGGACACUUUUACUUCAUCUGUGCAAAAAGUUUUCCAGGUUGUUGAGGAGACCCGACCCCACAAGAAGGUUUGGUUAGGAGAAACGAGCUCUGCGUAUGGCGGGGGAGCGCCCUUGCUGUCCAAUACCUUUGUGGCCGGCUUCAUGUGGCUGGAUAAGCUGGGCCUGUCGGCCAGGACGGGCAUAGAGGUGGUAAUGAGGCAAGUGCUCUUCGGGGCCGGAAACUACCACUUAGUGGAGGAAAACUUCGAACCUCUCCCUGAUUAUUGGCUAUCUCUUCUGUUCAAGAAAUUGGUGGGCACCAACGUGUUUAUGGCAAGUGUGAAAGGUCCAGACAGAAGUAAACUUCGAGUAUACCUUCAUUGCACUAAUGUCAACCACCCAAGGUAUAAAGAAGGAGAUCUAACUCUGUACGCCUUAAACCUCCAUAACGUCACCAAACGCUUGCAGCUGCCCCGUCAUCUAUUCGACAAACCAGUGGACAAAUACCUCAUGAGACCUUUAGGCCCUGAUGGAUUGCUUUCCAAAUCCGUCCAGCUCAACGGCCGAACUCUGAGGAUGGUGGAUGGUCACACCCUCCCGGCUCUGACAGAAAAAGCUCUCCGUCCAGGAAGUUCAUUGGGCUUGCCAGCUUUCUCUUAUGGAUUUUUUGUGAUAAGAAAUGCCAAAGUUACUGCUUGCCUCUGAAAAUGAAAGGCAUACACUAGCCCCGAGAUAGAACUUUUCGAGUGUAUUUAUUGGUGAGAGGAAAGCAGAACACAAGCUACAGGAAGGCAAGGAGGUGCCUGACAAAGGCUGGUGGGAGCUCCACAGACCCUGGGACACUCUCUGUGCAUGGCCCUUUGUUCCCUGUAGACCACUGCUAAUGACACCCUGUGCCAAACACUAGCUUAGUGCUUUGCAUGUUCUAUUUUUAUUUAAGGUUAUUAAAAAGGUAUGUGGACGCUCCCCAGCCAGAAGGCAAGUAAGUGAGGGCUAUAUGAUUAAUUUUAAGAAAGUGCUUAGUUGUUUUUAUCUUUAAAAACAGUUAUUAAAAGAUUGCAGAAUUCCUUAUUCUGUACUCUAUCUCUAUGGGAAGAGUUUACUGCUACAAUCUUCAAAUUGUCCAUAAAUGAGAGACAGUCUCUUUCACCUAAACAUUCUACUAAAAUCCUACUACCUAAAAUUCAGCUGCUGCUUCUCUUCUCUCUGUUCUUUGUCGACAAUACUGUGAGACACAACAGACAGAAGUGAUAGUACAAAAAAAAACUAACGACAAUUCAGAGGGACUGGAUUAUGUUAAACAUCAAGUGAAAUUUUACAAUGACUGUAAAUGAAAUUGAUUUGCCGGGAAGAGAAAAUGUAAUUCAAUACAUUAUAGCCGCCUGGUAAUGUUUACUUUUAAUCUACUUUUAGUUCUUGUUUUAGUUGGGAAACUUUUGGCUGCAAGUAGCAGAAAACUAUCAUGCAAAUGGCUUAAACCAUCAGGACUUUUAUAAACCUACAUAACAAGAAGUUCAAGUAGCAAGGGCUCAGGAUGUCACCAAGGAACCAGGUCCCUUGCAUCUCUCUGCUCUGCCACAUUUAGUGUUGGCUUCAGCCAAAGCUGGUGGCAUGAUGGCUGGAGUUAUUCCAUGGAUCCAUUCAGACCUGGCGGCAGCGAGAGAUGAGCAACUUUUCUGCCUCUCCUUCAUAGACUUGAAGAACCCCUUCCAGAGUUCUCUCAGCAAACCUCCCCUCACGUCUCCUCAUGUCUUAUUGGUCAGGAAUGGGUCACACGGCCAUCCUCCCGUCACUGCCAACAUCAUUGAGAGCUUUGUAAUUGCCUCCUCAUAAUCUUUUGGAAUGAGAGGCUUCUGGGAAUUCUAUGGCACUGACCACUAUAGUUUAGUGCUUUUAUCAGUGACAGAAGGAAUUAUUUUCACCUGUGACUUAAUUUUUUAGAAAUAUAAUUCUCUUUAUAUUUAUGCCUGCUAGGAAUAUUGUCCCAAUCAAAUUUAAGUACAUUUCUAAGGAGCUAAAGACAGAACCUGGAGUUUGGAUGUUUCAAUACCCCUAAAUUUUAUAUAUAAGCAGUUUUUAAAUUUUCACAUUUAAAAUAAAGUAAUUUUAUAACUUCAA